AAUAAACAAAUAAAUAAACACAUAAAGAAAUAAAGUAUGUUUCAUUAUUAGAGGUUGGGGAAGGAGGCUACACAGAUCAUUAAUUUAGGGACUGUUCUUUAUUUUUCAUCCUUGAGCCUCCUUGAAUGAAUGGCAUGCAUGACCUUCCUUCCACCAUAAAUUAGUUAUUACAUUUUUAAAACUUACCCUUUGAUGUUUGAAAGUUAAAAGUUGAAUACAAAAUCCUGUAGUUGGGAGAAGAAAAAAAGCCUCAGUUUUUCACUCUUGCUGUGCGUUCCAAUACCCAUACUACCAAACUAUAUAGUAAUGUAUAGUAACAUGACGGCUUUACAACUCAGUGACAGCUGUUUGACAGUUGUCAGAAGUCACAAUGAUGGAUGACAGUGCAUUCAAGUAACUGAUGACCAGUCGUACAGUAAUAAUAGGAAUAUUUAUUAAAGUAAACUAAAUAAUUAUAGAUAUUAUAAACAACAAAAGGACAUAAGUAUAAAAACAGCUGAGAGAAAACUGCAGAUGUAAUUUCACUGUCGCAAAUAUAAUAUGUUAGAAUCUACAAUCUAUGCAGUUAUAACUUUAAAGCUAAACUACACACAUUGCAAAGUAACAACAGCAAAGCUCUCUGGGUUAGUGACUGAUAUAAAAGCAAGAGGGUCAUAGUUCAAAGUGUAAUGUCAUGAGACAGUAGUAUGUCCCAAAUGUGUGCAUACUGCAUGCAACAGUACAUACUUUUUAGAGCAGCUGUAGUACCUACUACAAGUAAAAAGAAGAAGUAUGUGAUUUGGAACUCAAAUCCAACAAUAAUUUCUGUUUUUACAGUUUCUGGCUAUGAUGAAUGGUGUAAUUUUGGCCAUGUUUAUAAAAAAUGUCUGCAGUUUAGAAGGCAUGUUUUUUAAGAAGAAGAAAAAAUGUCUGUGAAAUAAAUACAAAAUACAGCCAUUUAAAGUUGUAUGCCCCUCCCUAAGCCAAAUAAAAAGUAUAAGUCUCUCCACCCAGUGCUAAAAAAAUAUUUGACAUGCCUCCCCUUUUUGCGCCACCCCUUCCUCUCCCACAAGUAACAAACAGUCCCUUAGCAAUGCCACACUGUAGAAAUACUCUUUUACAAAUAAGUGUCCUGCAUUGAAAAUCAUAUUUUACACAACACUAUGUAGGCUAAUAAUAAUCAGGGAAAUGUAACUUCUCAAAAAUGUACUCAGUGCAGAAAAAUGCCCCCUGUGACUGUUAUAUAAUUAGAUUAGGCCUAUUAUUACUCAUACAUUAAUGGAAGUAUAUUAUUUGUACCAUUAUUCUGAAGUGUUACCUAAUUUAAUCACAUAUCAAUUAUGUAAGGCGUAACUUUGAACCAACAUUCCUUGAUUAAUGGUCUAUAACGUUUGAACUAAACACAUUAGGGCAUAGUGACUAUAUCAAUUGUUAAUGCUAAAGUCAUGAUAUUUCCUUAACUCAUGCACUAGUUAAGCAUUAAUUCAUGUGUGAUCUGUACUUUUUAUUAUAAAGUGUAAUUGAAUUGUUUUAAAAUUCUGUUUUAAUUGUGUUUGACUUAAAGGACACUAUCUCCACACUCACACUGUGCGCAGCUGAUUACCUGUUACCCUGCUGCAAUCUGAUUGGCUGUUUGCCAAGUACUGUUGUAAUUGGCCCAUAGAUAAUCUUAAACAUUUUGGUACCCACCAGCUGUGGAAUAUUGUUAUAUUGUAUGGAAAAUGUAUUUAUUUAUUUAAUUUCAGUAGCUUACAUGUAAUGUGAGCCAAUGACCCAAACAGAGUACCAGUAAGUACUACCUCACUGGAUACACAGCACACACCACUUCUUAUUGGAUUUUAGUGCUUCUAUCUUAUAUAAUUUUUUUUAAAUGGAAUUUAUGUUGUUUUUUUCAAAUGCUUCUAUUUGAUGUGACCCAGUGACUCAAAUUCAAUACUAGAUAUUAAUACAGUAGGCACACAGAACACACAUCUUUAUACUGGAUUUUAGUGCAUUAUCUAUUAUGUCUUGUUUUUUUUCAAUAGCUUCCAUGUAAUGUAAGCCAGUGAUUCAAACUCAAAAUAUUUACCCCCCUCUGUAAUUUAUUUUGUAUAUACUUCAGAUCAUGUCUAAUAUUCUCAGUGAAUGGAUAAGUGACUACUUUCCUUGCAAAAUUUAUUGGAUGAUUCUUUCAUACUGCUUUUCAACCUGCCACAAGUGAACAGCACGUGUUCACUUCAUUAUUAGCUUGAAUUUGCAUUAUCAAGACACAAGAAACAAGUCUUGAAAAUUUGUUAAAUAAUCUUUGAUGUACUUCCAAUAUUUCAUUGUGCAGUGUCUGAUAUUGUCCAGUUAUCAUAUUUUACCACUAGAUGGCAGUGUAUAAAUAUGAAAAGUGCCUGUAGUUUGCUGUGGCAUCAUGUGCCUCCCCUUUUCAGCCACUAGUCCUUGGAUGUUGGUUAGACUGUGGGUGUUAUCAAGUCCACUUAUGUUUGAAUAUAGGGUAUAACUAAUGCUAAGCUACACAUGUUUUAGAUGCUCAGAUCAAUGUAGGUCAUCUGUGUGAAGCUGAUUAAUAAGACAGGGUUUUAGCUUCAAAAGCAUUGACUAUAGUAUCAUUUUCAAGACUUGAUCAUCCCAGUGAGAUGCCUGUUAUACACACACAUCCUUCAGGGUGCACGGUUAGACAACCUUUGUUUGUAUCCUGUGUAUAUAAAGAGAGUAAAGGGCCAGUCACAUCACCGUCACACCAAGGUACACAAUGCCUAGUGCAGUGUAAGCAGUUGGGUGAGCAGAGAGCCAGGGCUGUGGUGUGUGGAAAAUGCUAGUGGAGGCAGACAAUGCACUGGUCCGAGGCCUGACCAGCCCUCAGAGGGACAGGGGUCGCCUCACUGCGACAACAGCCCCCGUCUCCCUCCCGUCUUUUUCUUUUAUCGAGCUCCACAGCAUGGGCUCGGGGAGGACGCUGAAGUUCGCCCUGUGCGAGGUGCUGCAGUUUGCAGGCCUGUGCGUGCCACUCUUCAUCGUCAUGCAGAGGUUCGCCGUCAUCGUAGCGAAGGUCAAAACGUCGACGCAGCCUCCCGGAGACAGCAGCACGGCCUACUGGUUGAUCGUGGCCUCCUCCAUUGCCUAUGUCACCUCCACCGCCCUGCUGGUCUGGGUACCCAUGAAGUACAUGGUGUUUAUGAAGAAGAAGUUUCUCAUUGGGAGGAAGAAGUGGAGGCCUGUGGCCCUCGUAUAUGUGAUCCUGUCCACGUUACCCUGCUUUGCCUUUCUCAUCGCCAGCUCUGAGGUUCAGAUAAACAACAACAUGAAACACGACACGUUCACGGAGCUCCCUGUAUCACUAGUCCUCUUCUCUCUCAUCUGUAUUGACGUUGUGGAGAGGAUACGCCACUGCAGACUGACUGGCCAGGCUAAUGACAUGGAGAGAGAUGCUGACAUCCCCUCCACUGUCCUCACACACGUGGAACAGGUAACACCAGUAACACCUAUUACUCCAGCUGUGCAGGGGCCAGCUGUGCCCGGGCAAGCUGGGCCUACUCCCAUGCAGCCGGGAGCAAACCAGCUCAAUGACAGGAACCAGAACGGAGCAGGGGCUCGGCCAGAAACCAACGGGACAGUCCCGGGGAUACCAGGUAAUACUGGGAGACCCUUUAGUAUCUCUGGGUUGAGCUCACGAUCAGCGAGCACCACAGCCUAUCGCAUAUCUCCGUACGCCUACACGGGUCCACUGAGGUUCCUGUGUGCCAGCGACGCCCGGGCGGAUGUUUUUGUGGACAGCUUUAUGUUCUGGAUGGAUACAGUGGAGAUGGUGAGGGUGGCAGGACAUCCCCUUGUCUACUACUCAGGCUGGGUGUUCCCCAUCUACAUCUUCAGCUACCUGUCUUGCCUGCGUGUGGUGGUCAUGCCCCACAGCCCCCUGCUGUCCUCACUAGGUGUGGCCGUGCAGGACUUUCCCUUCUUUUUUGUGCGCGUUGGCCUCAUUGCCUUCUUUGGCUUUGUCACACCCCUCCUCUAUCUGAUGAAGAACCUGCUGGUCUGCCUGGCCUUUGUCUAUUUCAACUUCAUGACCAGGCUGAGGGUCUUCAACACAGAGAGGAUGUUCUUUUGAGACUAGCACCUUAAGCAAAGAUAACAUUAAAAAUGUAGUAGGAGCAAUAGGUUGGUACAAAAGACACUAGGAUUCAGGAGAUGGUUGCACCAGCUCUUCAUAAGUUCAGACUUGGCCUUCUUAUAAAGCAAGUGUUUACUAAGGGGAGAUCACUAAAGUAAAACAGGUUGCACCCCACAAUCAAGCUUUUACACUGAGAUACACCAAUCAGCCAAAACAUUAAAACCACUGACAGGUGACAAGGACUAUUUUUAGGUGGCUAAAAUAUGUUUUGUUGCUGACCCCAUCCACAGCAGUACAUUGCUUAGCUUCCAUGUCGGACUCCAGCCUGCUUCUCCAAACUGGGGCAGUGCCAACUGACAUCUACUGUGUGUAAAACACUCUCUGAGUACCCCAUACAACCCCACUUAAAAGAAUCUGAACUAUCCCUUUAAGAAAAGCUGGUGCAACCAAACCAAAUGAUAAAUUUGUGUGUGCAAAGCAGAAGAGAUAUUUUGUUAAAAUGCAUGAUGGUACUCUUCACAGGCCAAAAGGGAGCUCUUAGGCAAUGUUUUCCCAUAAAGGACAUUAUGCGUCCAAUGACUGUUGUGUUAUGUAUUAUUAUACCUUUUAUGUUCAACUUUUUUUACCCCCCUGAACCCCUCACCCUCACCAAGCAUGGCACUUUGGGAAUGUACCUGUUCUGUCAUUUGAGAGUUUUAAGCAGAUUUUUUUUUCUACCAUCAUUAAGUGCAGUGAAUGUGUAAAAGCAUACAUCCAUGUUGUUUAUAUUAGGUUUUUCUCUGCUAAGUUAUAUUCACAAAAGAAAAACAAAGUGUGAGUUUGUAUCAUUGAUACAUAUAUUUUGGUAAGAUUAAUAAAGAAAAUCAU